GUUGUAGAUUGAACUUGUAUUUUAUCCAUGUGUCACCGGUGUUUAGUAUAAACCGUGCUAUUUCGAGAUCUCAAUAUCGCACAGGCUUACAUGUCAAAUUGUACCGGUAGUUUCUUAUGGAAUCAACCUGCCUGGAUUAUAUAAAACAUGCAUUCUGCAGAUAAAAAACGUAAGCUGAAGCUACCGUCAGUCGAGGCUGUACAGAGGGCAGAAUACGAGAAAAAUGCCAAAUCUGACAAAGGUAUUGCCAAAGUGAACAGCGACACUAAACAAACGGUAAAUGGAGAAAAAGGUAGCAAAAGUGAACUAACCAAUGGUGAGGUACAAAAAAAUGGAGAAACAAUAUCAAAUGGAACGAUAAAAACCAAUGGUACCAAUGGAGAAAUAAAAGACAAUGGAGAACAUACAAGUAAAGAUGAAAAGUUUGUGUGUUCUAAGUGUAAAUGCAGGAUGACGCUUGAGGCUGAAGAAGAAGAGGAGAAAGGGAAGGAUAUUAACCUCCAUCUCAACAAUAACGGGUACCACCCUGAACGCGACAAGCCCAUGAUUCACCCAUGUGUGGACCCCCCAGUCUGCGACAGCUGUCAAAAGCUCGAACUCUCAUUCUUCGACCCUGGAUGUCCUGGUUGUCACGACAUCCUGGUCAACCCAGACACAACCGUCCCUGAAAUAUUUGCUGUUCUCCGACAAUGGACCCCACAGACACAACAGAAUUUAGAACUUCUCAUUAAUGAGAUUUUAAAGCGGAGUGCCCACAUCAACGACAGAGAUGGGUUGACAGAUAUGACACUGCUACAGUACGCCAGCAAAUCUGGGGCAGCAGGGAUUGGUGACUCUGAGGUUGCUUCAAGGGUCGUAACCAUGCUGAUCUCCAAGGGCGCAGAUGUCAACAUUCGGUGUCGUUGGACCAAUAUGACUGCCCUCCAUUAUGCGGCUUACUUUGAUGUUGUACCUGUGAUAAAAGUUCUUCUCAAAACUACAAAAGCUUUAGAUAUAGACAGCACGUGUUCAGAGUUUGACCAUGGCAGUUCGUUACACAUCGCUGCCUCCAACCUGGCCUAUGAAGCUGUGAAAGUACUCCUCCAGAACGGUGCUAACCCAAUGAUGAAAGACAACAUGGGCCGGGGGCCAUUAGAAUGCAUUCCAGAUCCAACCAAUUUAGAUUCCGAUCCAGAAAUGGCAAAAUUGGUGGUCAAGUUGAAGAAGACCCUCCAGGAGUCCUGUCAGCCAGUGAUCAAGGUUCCUCCCCCGAACUACGACCUCAUCCAGUCUAAGGUCACACUGCAGGCCCUAGGGAUCACACUGGGAGACAAGGUCGUUGUAGGUGGUGUCAAGACUGGGACCCUGAAAUAUUGUGGGCCAACAGAGUUUGCUGGAGGUCUCUGGGCGGGGAUAGAAUUGGACGAACCCGGAGGUAAAAAUGACGGCAGUGUUGGCGGGAUUUCCUACUUUCAGUGUGCACACAGCCAAGGUAUAUUUGCACCAGUCAGCAAGAUUGCUAGACCAGGAAGUGUACCAGCCCCACGCUCACCCUCAGCUACCAUGUCUCCCAACAAAACACAACAGAAAGCUGCAGCUGUCGAUGUUUCCAAUGUCAAGGCCAGAGUUGACACAGGUAUAAAAGCACCGUCACUUUACGGUACGGGACUGAAGUGUCGGACAUCGUCUAUAGCAGAUCUGGCAGAGAUUGAUUUAGGGGAUCGAGUGAUCGUGGCAGGGCAGAGGAAAGGCACAGUUCGGUUUUGUGGGGAGGCCAGGUUUGCACCAGGUAUAUGGUAUGGUAUAGAAUUGGACCGUCCCGUUGGGAAAAACGAUGGUUCCGUAAACACAGACCGCUACUUCCACUGUAAACCUAAACAUGGUGUGUUCGCUCCGUUGUCACGGAUACAGAAACUUGGUGAAAGACGAUUCAGUUCUAACGAAUCCCUUGAUGCCAUAAGUUGGGGUGCUGUUUCAGAAAAACAUGACAGACGCUCAAAUAGUAGUGUUCCAUUUAGCACUCAAAAUCGUGCCAAGACACCAAUCAAAAGGCCUAAGAGUGGACUGUCCUUAGCCAGAGUACCAGGCUCCAGCGCACCAUUCAAACUGGAGGUUGGAAUGAGUGUCUUCUGUAAUAGUGAAUUAGGUAAUGUGCGUUACAUCGGUCCCGCUGAAUUCGGUGAUGGUGUCUGGGUGGGAGUAGAACUUCGUACAGCCAAGGGUAAAAAUGAUGGAUGUGUUCAGGACAAACGUUACUUUUCGUGUAAGCCAGACCAUGGCUUGCUGGUCAGGCCAAGUAAGAUCACGGUGCGCGGUAUCAAUGGGUCAAAACUUGUGUCGGACUACUAUCAUUCACGGGAAGGCGAGGCGUAAUACCUCACAUCCAAAGUGCCAGAUAGGAAAAGUUCAAACGUCAAAAUGAUGCAUUGCCAUGUCAUUGGUUGGGAGCCAUACAUAUUACUACAAAGAAAUCUCAAGAAAAUAACAUUACUAUGACAUAUCAAUCAAGACAAAAUAUAGCACUCAUUGCCAGAAAACUAAUCAUUUUAUUGUUUCUGUUAGAUGCCUCUUAAAAAGAGAUGGCAAGGAUUUACGGAGUACAUAUUAAAUCAUUAUCAUACAAUCAGAAAAUCAUCCUCAAUUCUCCAGGGGUUACUCUCACUUACGCAGAGAUAUUACCCAGUAAGUGAGCAUAACCCCUGGCGUGUCGAAGAUGUUUUAGGAUGUAAGGAUGUGACAUUAUACAAUUCAGAAAAAGAAGACAUUGUCAAAAGAAUAAUUGCUCUUGUUGUGUGUCCGACUCAAAAACUAUAACGGUUUGAAGAAGAAAGGUGUAAUGUUUUCUGCCAUUUCAUAAUUCUAUCAAAUUAGACAACGCUUGGUGCUUUAUUGUGAAAUAUUUUUGGGGGUAUGUUUGUGCCAAGAAUAUUUAGUUUUAUAAUGCUUUAUACAAAAAUGUAUAUCACUAGAAAUCAAGAUUUUAUUUUGUAAUUGAAUAAAAAUGAAGUUUGUGUUUGUUACACCUGUUAGCUUGUGAAAGUACACAUGCACAGUUGUUCAGAGUUUUAAUGUUAAAACUUGGGAUUUUCUGGAGCAAGCUUUUGUUUCAUCCUCUGAUAUGUUUCUGUACAAAUACUUUUUGCACAAAGAUAUUUUCCAGUUCGAUUAAAAAAUGUUUGUUGUCCAUCAUAACAGUUCUGGCCAGUUCAGUUUUAAGGAUUCAAUAUUUUAUGCAAGAUAUCAAAGUAACAGAACUGGUAUUUGAUAGACUUGUCAUUAGCUCAGCUGAAAGCAUAAAAAAAUAACAAAACUAAUUAUUUCCUGGAACUAAUAAUGUAAACUGCUGAAAAAUGUCGAUUGAAAAGUUAAAAAAGAAAAUUUGGUAAGUUAAAAUGUGCUAAAAUGUUUUAAGAUUUUGACUCAAAACAAUCAGUUCAUGUUGUUGGUGUAUGGGUUUAUAUGUAACUGUCUACAUGUAUUGCAUAGUAGAAUUUGUACAAUUUAUAACAAGAGUAUUUAUUGCCACAAGAUAAACAUUAUCCAACUAUCAAUUAAAAGUUGAUUUUUGCUCUGACAGUUCACUGGUAAAUAUAUUGAAGAAUGAAAAUGAAAAAGUGUCAUAUUGACUUCAGUUACAAAUUACAAUUGCAGUGCAGUAUUUUAAAUUUGGACAUUUUAAGGUGGUUUCUGUGACAAGAGUUCAAAAUAGCUGAUUUUCUCAAUAAGUAAAUAAGGAAUAUAUUAAGUUUUGGAACAUGUAAAAAGUUUAAAUUUGAUUAUCUGAGUCUUGGUUGACAAGAUUCUACUGUGUAAUUAUUUGUUUUUCCUGUUUGUUAUCUUUGCAUAAAAUUUAAGCCGUAAGGUUUUAUCGAAAUGUGUGUACAUGUAUAUGAGAGAAUAGAAGAUUUUGAUGUCCAUUGCGCCGUAUCCUGUAAUUAAUGUAAUUUACUCAGGUCAAAGUUCAACACAUUUUAGAUUUUGGGUUUAUAUUUUAUGCAAAUCAAUAUGCAAUGUGUUUAUUCUACAUGAACAUAUAUACUUACUGAUGACUAAGUGAAUAACUACAUACAUUGCAUACAUGAACAUUUGAUUUAGGUAAAUACAUGUACAUAAAUGUGCCUAUUACGAGUGAAACCUGUCCAAUAUGAACCCUGAGUUAUCCAGAACCCUUUAUUAACAAAACCUCAGAUAGUUUUUAUGCGUAAUAAAUAAAACAAUAUUUUUUAUGGACUUUUUAAAGAAAUAAAUUUGUUGAAUUAUAAAUGUGAAAGAUACAAUAUGUUUUGAUUAAAUUUUAUUACUUACGGAGACAAAUUUGUAGUUACAGUAACAGUUUUUAGAAGUUAAUUUGUGAUAUCGGGCCCCAGGAUCUAUCUUGGACUGAAGAUUUUGCUUAGCCAAUCACACACAUGACGUCAGUUUUCAUGACGUUAUUCGUGAUUAGCUAAGUCAAAACUUAAGACAAUUUUAGAUUUAAGAUAGUUUCAUGAUCUUGGGGCCAGCUGUUUCUUAAACCAACGAUAUCACCUAAUAGAUAUUGUCUACAGUGAAAUAUUGUAAGAUGUUGUUUUUUUUCUGAGUUUGGUUGAAAUAUUGUUGGAAAAUUGAUUUGCUUUAUUUAUUCACUGAAAGGAAAAUCUGUUCUCAGUCUUGUUCAUGCUGUAUAAAGAUAACGUACAAUUUCUGAUGUCUAGUCCCAAGGUUAGAAAUGGCAAAUAUUUAUUAAAUGAUGUGCGUAUCUACAAUUCUAUUUAUUAAUUACAGUAGAAAUGUUACGCUUCCUGAUUUUUAUGACUAGAUUUUUAAGAUAAGCAAAAUAGAAAUGAUAUGUAAACAAAUAUUGAUUAAUAUUUUCUUUGUUCUGGCAAGCAUGACGUCAUAGACUAACAUAACUAACUAGAUAGAUGAGGUUAUACUACUUAUCAAGUUAAAAGCUGUUUUUGCUGACAUCAACAGGAAAUGAAUUGUCGGUGAAAUUGAGGCUAAAGAUGGAAAAAGUAGUCUUUUAAGGCAAUCAAAUUAUGUCUGAUAUUAGAGGUUGUAUUGUUCGUCAGGUGUCGGUUAACUCGUUUUACACUAAGCCAUUAUACAUCUAGCAGUAGGUUUAUUAAAAUCAGCUUAUCGAAAAAUUGGAGGGGAAAUAAUCAUAUGCAGUGAGUUUCUACUUGUCUUUUGGCAGUUGGCUUAUGCUUAAAGUUUGAUUAAAAUAAUGUCAGAUUUUAUUCUUGGCAGCGUCUAUUUUGAAAUAAAUUGGAAUCAAACUUCAAGAAAUGUAUCAACGUCACACAGUUAUUUGUAUUACUGAUAUUUGCUGUAUUUUGUAAUUAAGCCCCCUCCCCUAAGCCUAGUUGAUCUAAUUCGUAAAAAUUGGAAAAAAAGCGAUGAGCAUGAGGCUACUAAAUGUACUGUACCGUCAAUUUUACUAGAGGGAGGGGGGCUUAUUUGUGAGCAUUAGCAAUAAAUUAUGGUAUAAGUAGGACUGCCAAUCAAAUCCAGACUUGUUAAUCAAUCAAAUUUAUUGAAUUUCAUUGUCAUUUCAUUAUAGAUCACAUUGAAGAAGUUUUUCAUAUUGUUUUCGAAUAUCUUUUAUGGUAAGGGGUAAAAGUUAUAUCGAGAAGGAAGAAUAACAGUUACAACAUAACAUCUUUUUGAACAGUCACCUUCCUUUUGCUGAUUAUUUCCUUGUACUUUUAUGUUUAUAGAAUAUUUUGAUUACACAGAAUUGUAUAUAAACAGUUAACUAUUUUCUUAAAUUAAUUAGAUUUUUACACUGAUGAAGAUUUCACGUAUUGUAUUUAAAUUUUCAUAUUUGAGCAACGAUAAUAUUUUAGCUGUUUUAUGAAGGAUCCUGGCAAACUGUUGACGUUAGGUUGGCUAGUACAUGUAUUGCCAGAUAUGAUAAAGAUCACAGAGGCAGGGGAAAAAAAUGUUUUUUUUAUUAUUAUGGAAUUGUUAUUGAUAUUGGUAAAUAUCAUAUGUCUGACACCCUCUGCAAAGAUGUCCUAUACUGGAUCUUAGCGUGGAAAGCUUAAGGAGAUUUGUGUCACUGAAAUAUGAUUCUGUUAAUACAUCAUUAUGUUUACAAUGCUAUCGUAUAAAUAUAAUUGCUUUCGAUCUGGAUAAUGAAUGCCAGUAAAUGUUACUCUUAGGCCUCUAAUUCAACUUUCUAGUCACUUGUUAUAUACUGCCACCUUAUCUGUUUAUCCUUACUCGCAGGAUAUUAAACAUUUAUUUGUGUGCAUGAAUUUCUGUAAAAAAAAAAAAUGGUGGUAUUUGUUGAUUUUAUAAAAGUUCAUCCUUAAUUGUUUUGGGAGUAAACCAAAGUAGAUCUUCAAAUAUUCUCUUCAGAAGUUAACAAGACAUCCAGAUCCUUGUAAAUUAGAAUUCACAUAAAUAUAUAAUACAAAUCAAAACCAAAAACCCAAGAAACUCUGGUUUAUCGAAGAUCAGAUAAUUUAAUUCAUCAUCAGUAUGUUAUGCACAGAUUGUAAAAAAAAGUGGUCAAGUCUUUAUUAUACUGACAGUAUUAAAAUUAUGUGAAGUCAACUAGGAUGUAUCAAAUUUGAAGCCUAAAUUGAUUUUUGCUGUCCAAUCUUAUUACACACACUUCCAUAGCUUGUUUUCUUUAAUUGUUCACAUAGAUAAUGCAACUUCCUGCUUUCGUUAUUUUCAAAUAUACAUAAAAAUGUAUAUGUUACUAUACCUGUACUGACUUCAACGCUAUACGGAAACACUAUAUUUCUACACUCCUGAAAUACUAUGAUGUACUCGUACAUUGUAUAUGGAGAAAUUGAUUGUUGGUGUAAGUCUAUUGUUUAACCUGUUAAUUUUACCAAUCAUGAAAUGUCUCACCUUAGCCCAAGAAAACAGAGUAUGGUAUAGAAAUAAUAUUGAACCUUGUUGUAACAAUCUUUGAACUUAAUGAUACGUCCGAGGAAAAUUUCAACUUUCGUUUUUCCUCAAAAAUUAUAUAAAGUAAAAACAGGAAGAACAUUUCUGGGGGGUUUUUAUGUUAAAAGUAAUCGUUCAGAAUCCUGGAAAACAUUAAAUUAUUUUAAUAACUAAUUUCUGGAUUAAAAAUAUCAGCGAUACAAAUUUUUACAUAUAUAUAUCAUCAAGCUAAUGAAUAUUGGUAAAACUGGGUUCAAAUAUUUUAAGUUUUAAUUACGUAAUAACUACAAUCCUUCUUAAUUUAUGUUAUGUGUUUUUGUGUAUUCAUUUAUGCCUUGUUUCAUUAUGAGUUAUGUCCCUUGUUUUUUUGUUUUGCCUAGUAUCGGUACUAUCCAGUUGUCUCGUAUUAAACAGUACACACAAUAUAAGUGAACUGUGAUAAUGAUGAUAUUAAUAUAACAUCAGGUUCAUGAAAGAAGCAAUAAAAAUAAAUAUUAAAACAAA